AUGCGCUCCUUGACCCUCCCUCUCAUCGCCGCUGCCGCCCUCUCGCUCGGGUCGACGCCAGCAGCCGCCUCAGUCGGGUCCUCCUCCCACGGGCUCGGCAGCGUCGCACACCACCGCCGCUUCGACCGGGUGAUGCGCACGCCUGCCGAACAACCCGACGCACAGCCCGUCAUUGACCUCGACUUCCGCGACGGCGAGUUUGUCGUCCGCAAUUCCACUCUCGACGGCGACCUCGUCGAGGGGGGCAACAAGACGCUCGUCAAGCGUGGGGGUUACAGCGGCCGGGCGACGUUCUUUGACCCGGGACUGGGCGCUUGCGGGACACACAGCUCGUCGUCAGACUUUAUGGUGGCGCUGAAUGAGGCGCAGUACGGAGACCUGGGCGCCGUCUCAAAGUGGUGCUUCCAGACGAUCACCAUUUCGUACGGCGGCAAGAGCGCACAGGCCCAAAUCCUCGACGCUUGCCCAGGAUGCCCCUACGGCGGCCUCGACAUGUCGCCCGCGCUCUUCCAGUACUUCGCCAGCCCGAGCGUCGGCGUCUUCUACAUGACCUGGUCGCCGGGGAGCGGUGGCGGAGACCAGCAGACUACGACGACCAAGCCGCCGCCGCCUCCGACGACAACUUCGGACAAGCCGACGACGACUUGGACGCCGCCUCCGACGACGUGGUCGCCCAGCCCGACGACGACGACUACCACAACUACGACCACGACUACUACUACCACAACCACCACGACGACGACCACCAGCACGACGAGCAGCGCCUCGUCCUCCUCCUCGGUGCUCUCGUCAUCGUCCAACUCGACCUCGUCGGCGCUCUCGACCGCGUCGCACUCGGCGUCGGCCUCCGAGUCGGCCAGCGUUGCGGCCGCCUCGCCCUCGAUGCCCGCGACCGCAGUCGGCGGCAACCUCGACAACAUCUCGCAGCUCGUCCUCGCGAUGGGCAACGUCAUCGGCGCCGCCGCUCACGCCGCGCAAUGA